AUGACAGUGGCCCAGUAUGACGACGAGUCGCGGGAAUUCUGGCAGGUUAGUCAGGUGUCGCGCGGGAACAAGGGGUUUGGGCUCAACGAUGAUGACCCACCCUUCUACGUGCAGUUUACUAAUAAUCAAGAACGGGACCGAGCUCGGCGAGAGUUCGGCCCAAAGUGUCUUAAUUGUGGUGUGGAAGAACCGUUCCACUUGGCGAGAGAAUGCCCUGACAAACUCAUGAAUGUGUCGGGCUUGAUCCAUCCCGACAUUGCCGUUGGUGACCCCGAGACGGUGGAAAAAAAUUGGCGCCGUUGGCAACAGAGGUUGUGCUCGUGGGCGGAUACCCAACGGAAGAAAAGAUUCAACCGUGGGAACCGUAGCAGCGGGUGACAUGUCAACAACGACCCGGCCCACUUGUUGAUAGCAGAGCGGCCAAAAACGCACAUUAUGUCCCAAGACGUGCGUGUUGCUUUGGGAAACAGAAAGUUUGGAGUAAACAAAGAACCUCCAACGACCGAAAAGAUAGAAAAUGAGAGAUCCGUGUUGCACGCCACGAAUCUUGAGACAAGCGGUAACAACGGUGUUGAUGUCGCGGACCUCGAGCACCGAGAGGAAGGACGUAAUUACCCCUUUCCAAUGUCUGGAGUGCCCACAAAAGCACCAAAGUGCACAACUCCUAGUUCCGAUGUGACAACUGUUGA